AAACUAGGUUUGUGCAAGCAACAGAGGCACUUCCAUAUUAGCACAAUUUAACGGUUAUAACUGGCGGCACACACAACUUAGCCUACUUAAACUAUUUUCCUACUUCAAUCUGUAAUUCGCCAAUCUCAAAGGUUAGCUCUAAUCUUACAGGACAACCCAUCCACGUGGUUUGGCUGUAAUGAACAAAUAAAUUGCCAACGAGAAGGAUAUAAACAGUGGUUCUAGGAGACUGAAGAACUUGCGAAUGAAAAAGCAUUUGGUAUCGAAUUCCAAAAAGGUUCCUUUUCAGUCAUGAAAAACAUGAUUAUUUUCUCGACUCUUAUUUUGCUUUUUCAAGUUGCAUUAUAUAACUGCAAUGCAGAAAAGUGUCAUUUCAGUGUGAUUUGAAAGGAAAAUGGAAAAACGAACUUGGAUCCAACAUGACUAUUUCCGUGAUAGAUAAAAAUGGAUACUUCUCUGGCUCAUACUUAACUGCAGUGACAACACAAAAGAAAGUGGAAAUUAAGAAAUCACCCAUCUCUGGAGUUAUGGUUCCUUCUUCUCAGCCGAUAUUUGCUUUCCAUGUUAAUUGGACUUUCUCAGACUCUAUAACAGCCUUUACUGGCCAGUGCUUUGUUGACAGCAGUGGUGAACGUCUUGAAACCAUGUGGCUGCUCAAAGCGACAGCAGGAUCCAGUGAUGAUAACUGGGCGUCAACCAGGGUUGGCAGUAAUGUGUUCCGUCGGUUGAUCUAAAGAAAACGAAAUUCAUCAUGAACUUUGAAAUGAAGAUCGCAAAUGAAGCGAUGUUAUCAAAAAAGGCUGAAAUAAUUUGCUCUCCUUUGUACUCUUUCUUCUCAUCAUGAAAUUUAAAGAUACUUAAAUGCAAUAUAUCUGUUGACAUUCUCUCUCUGAUCUCAUUUGAUUUGUUUUUCCAUUGUUCAUUAAAUUUAAAGCAUUAAAAUACA